UUGGAGAGGCUCUUUGCGCGGAAUUAAAAAGGUUUUAUGGUACUUUAAUUAGUUAGAUCAGUGCAAUCACAGCACCUGAGCUUCAGCCGAGAAGGGUGAAGACGGAUGUGGGUCAUCAAAGGCUAAGCCCAAGGAAGGAAUAUUAAUAAUAGCCUUGUGUUAUCUUGGCUACUUUUCUUUAUAUAUUUUUAUGGAGUACGCAGGAAUUGCAGAGGAUUCCUUAGUAGGGUUUUGCUUUGCUUUGUUUCUGUAACCAUCAGGUUCCUUCCUCUUUCCACGAUCAAGAGUUCAUCCGCUGCCUGCUAAAAGAGGGCGCUUGAGCAAGGAAAAGAAGAAAGCUAGUCUUCCAGAUCACACAGCAUGAUAAAGGACAAAGAAGCCUUUCAGAGACUGAAUUUCCUCUAUCAGGCAGCACAUUGUGUGCUCGCCCAAAACCCAAAUAACCAAGAGUUGGCUCGUUUCUACUGUCACACCCAAAACAUCAUCAGCCGGCGGCUCGUCUUGAGACAGGACCCUUCUGUGAAGAGGACUAUCUGCAAAUCCUGCUUCUCUCUCCUCAUUCCUGGAGUCACCUCAACUGUUCGCCAAAGAAGGCGCCGUCAUCAACGUUGGACUGUUGUGCGGUGCCUGAACUGUGGCCUAAGCAAGCGUUUCCUGAGUAAGCCUGACUACAAGUUGUGGUCGGAGCAGCCUGAGGCGUUGCUGGAGAACCAGGCGCCAGCCGGUGCAGGCACCAAAGGCCAGACCCCCAAUCCAGCACAAGAGCCACACAAGGCCUCCCAAAUGAAAAAGGCAACAGUCCCGAGUUCAAGUCUGUGCAGCAGUCUUACCUCUGAGGAGAUCACAAUGGGCGCCCAAUUAAUGGGAGCAAAGAGUGGGAAGUGACAUCUGCCUUGGGAUUGUUCCAUUUCCAGACAGGCAAGCAGCUGUAGCCCAGGAGUGAAUCCCCUGCCUUGGAUGGAAGAAGGCAGCAAGAUGACAUUCAGGAGAAGAGAAAGUCAAGAAACGUUCUUUCCAAAAGUUCAUCUUGCUACUUGAAGAACUUCAAUGAGUUGGUGAUCUUAAUUUUAGGAUAAAGUUGGCAUUUUUGCUAAUCUCUUGCUAUUUGGCAUUUUAUGGGUUUUUUAAAGUUUUAAUAUGACUGUUUUUGACAUGUUAAUUGUUUCAUUUUUUCUGGCUGCCCAAUGCUGAAGUCGCUUCUGGCAAGAUGGGUAGCCAUACAUAAUGUAAUGACCCAG